UAGCUUCUGCUGGAAACAGCUAGUGCGCAUGCUCCCUACGCUGAAUCUUUUGCCCAACAAUCUUAGAAGCCGAGUUACCUGCCGAUCCGGUUCUGUGACUUGCUCCGCAAACGGAGAGACCCGAGUAAAGCAAGGAGACUUACUAGUGAACUAAACAGAGAAAGAAAGGCUGGGAGUAUAAACAGUCAGGGUAGGGGGAAUGCGCUCUACUACUCCGCUCCAACAGGCAAGACAGUAGGACCCAACUCUCACCUGCGACUUAAGGAAAUAUAAAACUGAAAGCUAUUACAGUGGUAUUCACAACACACGCAGAGCCUGAAAGAGAAGGAAAAGACCAGCUGUGUUUGCUCUCACACCAAUUUGGUCCCGCCACGUUCAGACCGGGAAUCACUCACUACUGCUGAGGGAGACACUAACGUUCACCGCUGCUUUUCGUCGCUAGUUGCUAUAGAGACACGGCGCGCAGCGCGUUAUAGUAGCCCAGUUGGCAAGUGGCGAUCGGUCGAUAAUGCUACGCUUUUUACGGAGGACCUUUGGUCGGCGGUCGAUGCAGCGAUAUGGAAGAGGAAGAGAUGUACGGGACGGGGACGGUCGGGGGUCUGAUGGGCACCACUUGCCGCCCCAAGUCGUGGUGACUGGAGGGGCACCCGUUCACAUCCCCGCGGCUGGAGAUAGCAAAUCCGUACUGACCUGCCGUGUUCUCUUGCUAGACGGUACAGAUGUGAGCGUCGACCUGCUGAAAACUGCCAAAGGACAGGAGCUGUUUGAUCAGAUUGUGUACCAUUUGGACUUGGUGGAAGUGGACUACUUUAGCCUACAGUUUUUGGAUGAGGCUCAAGUUUUGCACUGGCUUGACUAUACAAAACCUAUUAAGAAGCAAAUUAAAAUCGGUCCACCCUAUACUCUGCAUUUCCGGAUAAAAUAUUACUCAUCAGAACCAAAUAACCUUCAUGAAGAGUUUACAAGGUAUCUUUUUGUACUACAGCUUCGGCAAGACAUCCUUUUGGGAAAAUUGAAAUGUCCCUAUGAUACUGCAGUGGAACUGGCAGCGUUGUGUCUGCAAGCUGAGCUUGGAGACCUUGAUCCUUCAGAAUACACACCAGAGCUGGUAUCUGAAUUUAGAUUUUCACCUAAUCAGACAGAAAAAAUGGAAAUGGAUAUUUUUCAGAAAUGGAAUGACUGCAGGGGGAAGAGCCCAGCUCAAGCAGAAGUGAAUUAUCUGAACAAAGCAAAAUGGCUGGAAUUGUAUGGAGUGGACAUGCACACAGUAAAGGGAAGAGAUGGCGGGGAAUAUGCUCUUGGAUUGACACCAACUGGCAUAUUGGUCUUUGAAGGAACUAAUAAAAUUGGCCUCUUUUUUUGGCCUAAAAUCACAAAACUGGAUUUUAAGAAAAGCAAGCUAACACUGGUGGUUGUAGAAGAUGACAAUGAAGGAAGAGAACAAGAGCACACAUUCAUUUUUCGGCUAGAUAAUCCCAAGGCAUGUAAACACCUUUGGAAAUGUGCUGUGGAACACCAUUCAUUUUUCCGACUGCGAACCCCUACAAAUGCCAAAUCAGGGCAUUCUGAUUUCAUUAGGCUAGGAUCUCGUUUCAGAUUCAGUGGAAGAACCGAAUAUCAAGCAACUCAUGCUGGUAGAUUACGUCGGACAAGUACAUUUGAAAGGCGGCCCAGUAAACGGUAUCCAUCAAGAAGGCAAUCCACAGUCAGAGGAAGUACUCCAUCAAGACCAUCACAACUAAGCUCACAGAACAGCCCUGAACCCUACAGCUAUCAGUCACAGUUUAUACACAGUAUGCAGUCAGUUCCACACAGGCUUCCUGUAAACCAUGGACAUGCAAGGCCAUCAUACCAUGACAACAUGUUGACCCCGCAAUCACCCACAAGUGGAAAUGGGAACGCUCCAAGAUACUUCCAAGAGGAAAUACAGAAGAAUUUAGGAGGGAUGCAAAAUAUAAAAUUCCAAGACAAACUCAUGACAACACUUUGAGACUGACCAUGGCUGGUUUACUUAGGACUCUGCUUUUGUACAUCGUGUGUUAACUACAUUUUCUUAGGUAUUUACAGCACUGUAAAGAAAGCUGACAUUUUUGUGAAACAAAACCCCAUAGUAUUUUUACUUGUAGGUUUAUAGUUUGAUUUUUCUCAGUAUUUCUUUUUUUUUCCAUAGUUAAGUUUCACUGAUUCUAAGUACUUAAAAUUCAUUGUUGCUUAUGUAAAAUCUGGUGUUUUCUGUGCUUUCAGUAAUAUCAAAUUACAGUUUUUUAAAUUUGAUUCUGCUAUUUUAUGUCCUAUUCUCAUAAGUUUAUAUAAAGGCUGAGUUUUGAAUUUUUACAUAUAACAAAAAUGCUUUAGCAGAGUAUGCCACAGCUCUGAUUUUAUUAGUUUUACCUUUCUCUUUGCAUGGGCAGACAAAGAUAGAUGGCUGAAAAUGUGAUUGUUUUAUUAUGCAAUGAUACACAUAGCAGUUAAUUUUCAGAUAUAUAGGUCUGCAGUAAAAAAUACCACUGUAGAUGUAUUAUUGUUACCAUAGUACCAGCUUUAUACAGCAAAAUAGUAUUCUUUUCUUCAACAAGAUGUGAAAACAGACAGCUGUUCCGCACCUCCUGAUUUUCUUCAAGUGAAAAGCAUGCAGAAGACAUUUUUGCUAUUGUUUUUUUUGCAAAGCCUGGUUAUGGUUACAAAUGGAGAAAUGUUUGUCGAGCGCUCUUAUUUUAAGAACUAUAUGCACUGUAACAGAGUAGCAUAAUUAUCAACUCUGCUGUCAAGUGCCUUUUCAGUCUUUUUACUGAACCCUGUUAUUAGUAGUCAAAAGUUAUCCAGUAUCUUUUCAGCAAGCCCUACUGAUUUUUACUUACAUUUUGCUGAAACCUAGGAACAAUUUUAGUGCCUAUCUAUGGCUCAUCUCUACGGCCUGAUCUACCUUUUGACUGUAUAAACUAACAAUUAAAGUUGUCCUUUUAUUUCUUAUUAAAUAUGGGACUUUUGUUAGUCCAUCCUUGCCCUUUAAUGUCCUUAUCUUACAUUCAUUAUCCUUUGUAAAUUUCAUUAGAAUGUUAAUUGUUGAUUGUAUCUUUCAGAGUCUUUCAAACUGUAAAUACUUUAUCAUAGAGCAACAGAAAUAUAUCUCAGUGAAAUUUUUUAAAGAGAUUUCUUAAUCAACUUGCAAAUUAUUUUAUAAGAGAGAAAAUAUGCAUAUAGUUUUUCAA